UUUAGCUGAGGCUCUCCCUCCAAAAGGUGUAGGUUUUGGAAUUACUUUUCAAAGUGUUUUGGUGGUAGUUGACAACUUUCAAUGGACAACGUCCUGACGAGUACAUCACAUCACGCGGAGACCGAUACGAGCAAAGAAGAUCACCUGCUGGCUUCUGAGGAAGUCCCAUCUGAUACAUCUGGACAGGGACCUCAAUGUGAUGCGAAAAAACUAAUAAAGGCUGAAACGACCUUGGCAAAAGGAAUGAAGUCUUAUAACUCUCCGGAAAAUGCAGCUCGUGAGAGAAGUCGGGUGAAGAACCUGCGCGAGGCAUUCCACAAUCUUCAGGCGGCACUCCCCUCUGUUCCACCAAACACCAAGCUAUCAAAGCUAGACAUCCUCAUUUUGGCCACAAACUACAUUGCUCAUUUGACAGACACCCUGGACCAAAGUAGAUGUUUUAGCGAUCACACGUUCUCUAGGGCCGGUGGAUAUCUACAUCCAGUAAAGAAAUGGCCGAUGCGCUCCCUCCUUUACUGUGGAAACACAGAAAAACUGCAGACAGGUAUCCCAGUCGACGAGGAAAUGAGCGUCUUCUCCCAAGACUCUUAGACUUGAAUUAAAUAUGGAAUGGAUAUGUAUGCAUUAAAUAUGUCAUGCUUUUGCAAACCAUCUGGGCUGUGCACCACAAAUAUCCUUCACCAUGUCAUACCACCAACUACUGCAUGAUAUGAAGUACCCCAAAUCACUAACCAGUGAAAGUAUUACAUAACACUUCUACCCUUUGGUUGUGUCAUUUGUUGUGUCAAACAUUUGUUCCAUGAGAAACACAAGAUUGAUUUGAAUGUGGUCAGUAUUAAGUAUACAGUAUGUUACAUGCAGUACAACAAAUAUACACAAAAGUGGACUAU